AUGAAAAAGGUACCGUGUCCAAUAGCUGCUAUUAUAUCCCUUAUGCAAUAUUUAUUGACAUUUGCUUGCAUUGGUCUUGAAAUAUGGAACGUAUUAAUCGAUAUAUUUCGUGGUACAAUGUAUGCUGGAAUAUGGUGUGGCGCAGCUUUUUUUAUAAUAUCAACAACCGUGUCAUGUUUAUGCUGUUGCUGUUGUAAACCGUCAUGUUGUGAAAUAUUUUCCGUGCUCGCCAAUGUGAUAUCGGUCCUAUUUGCCGCUGCUUUAAUCAUCAUUUCCAUAAUAUUUCUUAACAAUCUUACAUUGUGUGUAUUACCGGCUAAUGUGUGUAAUGGAACAGCCAUAUUAAGUGAUGAAAUAAAUCAAGCUACGGGGACUAAUUUUGCAUCAUCAAUAUUUUCGGCAUCCAUUAUUCAUCAACCGAUAACAUCAAAAAUACUACCCUUGCGAUUAUUAGUAGCAGCCGGUGCAUGUAUGGCUGCCACAAAUAUUAUUUACAUUGGUAUUUUCAUAAUUCGCAAUUGUUGCUGUAAAAAAUAG